AUGGCAUUAAUAAGCUACAUACCUUUCCACUUACGAGGGCUCUAUUUCCCAGCCCCGCUCACUAGACUUAUGGGGACGAUGCAGUGCGUGGAUCGGGUGCUCAUCGACGCCGGUAUGUCCGUCGAUGAUGUGGACGAUGUCGUGUUGGUGGGCGGGUCCACGCAUAUACCCUUUGUUAAAAAUUUGAUCGAGGACCGUUUUGGUAGUAAACUAUCUACAAGAUUAGACACCGAGAAAGUGGAUCCAUUACAGGCUGUAGCUAAAGGGGCAGCAAUUCAGGCGGCUAUACUAAACGGAAAUCAGGCGCAAAAGGACCGGACUCUACGGGUGCUGGACGUCACACCUCACACCCUUGGCGUUAGGACUACCGGUGACGUGUUGUCGCCCGUAAUCCGGGCGCAGUCCCGGGUGUGCACACCGUUCACCAAAAUAUACGGAACUACGGACAUCGAUGUGGAGGUGUAUGAGGGCGAGGAUGCCGUCGCCACCCGUAACGACCUGUUGGGCAGGUUUACGGUCACAAACAUACCGCCCGAGGAGGCCGGCAGGCAAAACAUAUCCGUUAUGUUUUGCGUGAAUGACGAGGGUAUUUUGAAAGUGAGGGCUGAGGUGCUGUCCAUAGGUACGGCCCACGAGAUUGAGGUCACGGAAUAUAAGGGGAGACUCAGUAUGGAUGAGCUGCUUAAACGUCGGCAUUAA